GGAUCUUGGCUGAGAACUCAUCAAAAACACCUUGUGUAAUGAAAACCCCGGAUAUAUAAUCUGUCCCUAUAUAUUCUGCAUGCAUUGAGGUAGCCUCAACCCCCCCAGGGACCUGGUGCAGACGUGGAACCUGUUUCACACAACUGCUACUUGAAGGGAAAAAAGAAGCCAAUGAUACCAAGAAAAGCUCAUAACAGAGAUCUAUUCACCAGAUGUGUAUGGAUGAAAAUACAGUGAGAUGAGUCAGAAAGUGGUUAAGGAGGGCCCCAGACUCUCCAAGAACCAGAAGUUCUCGGAGCACUUCAGCAUACAUUGCUGCCCGCCGUUCACCUUCCUCAACUCCAAACGCGAGAUUGUGGACCGCAAGUAUAGCAUCUGUAAAAGUGGCUGCUUCUACCAGAAGAAAGAGGAGGACUGGAUCUGCUGUGCCUGCCAGAAGACCAGCACCAGCCGCCGCGCAACGUCCCCUCAGAGGCCCAAGCGCCAGCCAGCUGCACCCCCCGCGGUGGUCAGAGCACCAGCCAAGCCACGGUCCCCUCCGAGGUCCGAACGUCAGCCACGCCCCCGCCCAGAAGUCCGACCUCCACCAGCCAAGCAGCGUUCCCCUCAGAAGGCCAAGAAGCAGCCGCGCAGCAGCCCCCAGAAAGGGCCAGGCACCAGCCGUGGGGGGUCCCCCAACAAAGCCUCUAGGUUCUGGUAACACCACCUCUUCCCUUUUGCUCCCCAGCCCUAAGAUUGAAAAAGAGGACCAAGCCGACCCCUCGGAAGAAGUGAUGGAGGAGUUUCAAGUGAAUGGACGGCCUCAGCUCCCGGACUCACUGCUUCUCAACCCACGUGCCCCGGGACAGGUUAUCUGGCUUUGAAUAUGAUGCAGGGGCACACACCUGCUGAUGCAGCCACAGCCGAUGCCCAUAGUCCCCAUGGCGCGGGGGCCACCGGGCAGCCUGCCUGGAGCAUUUUGAAGAUAUUGUCCUAUUGUCUCCUGACCUCUGUAAUUGCCAAUGAGAAAUGCGUUGCCAGUCUGCUGGUCCUUCCAUUGACUCAAAUUUCUUCAACCUGAAGAUAUGUGUCUUUCUUCAGGGAUGUGCAGAAAAAAGAUAUUGUUGUACAACCACCAUAAUGGCAAAAAUUAAAAAUUAUCAAGUUUUGGCAAGGAUGUGGGAAAAAUUCUCAUAAGCUACUUAUGAGAAUUUAUAAACUAUUACAACAUUUCUGGGCUGCAAUCUCGGGGUACUAGCAAAACAAGAUAUAUCCAAGAAAUAUAAUCCAAGAAAUAUCUAUCGUCUUGGAAAUCAAAAAGAAGAUAUGAAAUAAUUCCUGGUUUGAAGAAAGAACAGAAUUAAAAGCUAUAUGGAAAUGGUCAACAGUAUUAGCCAGACACAAACAUGCUUGGGGAGGUAAGGGAGACUACUGAUUAACCUGGGGUCUCUCCAAGUCUUAGAAAACAAAGAUACUUGUUCAGAGUCAAUUUUUUAUCUGGGUUGUACUGUGGUUUCUGCUCAUUUCUGACAUGGCAAAAGGGGGAAGAGUUAGAAUGUACCCCUCCCUCUCUCCCAACUUUCCUUUGGUAACAGGUAAGAAAGCACAGUAGAAGAUAAUGGAACGUAGUAGAAUGUGGAGGGAUGUAAAAUGGACAGUAUUAGGUGGAGGGAAACUCAGAGCACAGGAGAGCGAGGGCAUCGGGGCCGGCAUUCUGCUGGGAGCUGGGGCGGCCAAGCACAGGCAGAUGCCUGAAGCACCAACCAGGCCAUGGAUCUGUGUCCUUGAAAGAGCACAGCCAGACCUAGCCAAGCUUAAAGGGCAAGUGAGAAUCUGGGGGCAAUGCCAGGGGAAGUCCUGCUCGAGGUGUGGGGCUGGGUGAGAGGGAGUGCCAGAAGUAGGGAGGAAGCAUGCUAGACUCAGAUGGGCUGUAGCUCAGAACGCCAUACUCCCGGAAAGAGGAAGCAGGACGAGUACUGUCCCAAGGCAGCUGGAGGGACAGAGUGUCCUGGCUUCCUCACUUGGGGAGGCCACUUCUCUGUGGAAGUGGCAAUAACAAGGCAGGGAAUCAAACUACACAGAGCCUUCAAGUAGAAAUGUUCCCUGCCUAAAUUCAGGUGCUAAAUGAACAACAAAAAUAGAACCUCUACCAUGAACAGUUUCCAACGAGGAGAUACCUGAGGCCAUUACAUUCCUGGGAAUAACACCAGGGGUGCCAUGACAGACCACCUGAAAGAACAAAUUAGUGGGCCAGCCCCACUCAGACCCAAUGAGGAAACUUCACAUUCCUUUAGCUCGUUUUAGAUUUUGGUAAAGCCAGACCCCAUGCUCCAAGUUUGCUGGGUUCUAUCCUCCAUAUCGUCCAGAUGAUACACAGUUACUACAGAAUGUGAUGUCGAGGAGAGAGCAUGGUGUGUAUUAAUUCAUGUAAGAAAUUGGAUAUCAGCACAGAAAUGUUAAUAACUAGAAAUUACUGAAUUCUCUAUGUUGUCUGUUGUGGAAAUAAAGGCCUCUGGGGAAUGGAUCAAAAGUAUCUGGAAAUUACUUGAAACUGGUGAAUAACUAAAUGGAAUUAUAUAUAACUAAAAUGUACUAUAACCCAAUUGUACUUUUUGUCUUUCAAGGGUUGGCUCCAGGGAGCACUACGCAGUGAAUAUUACAAAAAUUACAUAAAGCUCCAAAAGCUACUCUAUGAAAAUUUCUUGAGUGGGAAUUCUCAACCAUAAUGUUUGGCAUAUUAUUCUGAUAAUUCUAUAUCAGAAUAUAGAAUUGUAUAGUAUAUCAAUUGAUUUUUUGUUCUGACAUUUUGACCGGUUUUGGUAAAACUGAGGUGUGUACCCAGAGUUGUCCUGAUAUAUGCUUAAAAACCAGCCCUCUGGGUGGAAAGUCCUGGUUGAUAGUGUUUGCCUAUUUCCAUGGUGUAAAUACUUCCAUUAUGGCUGAUUGUAAGCUACAAACGUGAUAUCACUGAGUGCAGAAUUGGGAAGAGAUGUGCAAAGUUGACCCUUGUGAGUCGGUACAGGACACUGUAUAUACCUAUGGGCCUGUAUGAAACUACAAUUUUUUACUAAAAAUGUUUCCCUGUAAAUAUAUGAAGGCACUAGUGAAAGAAAAAAUAUAAAGAGAAAAUAAAUUCCAAUUGGGAGCUCAAAUGGAAAAAAUUGACAGAGGAUUUUUUAAACUUUGUAUUCUACGUUUUAUUAUUAUCUUUUAUUAAGCAAACAAGCCAUGUAUGUGUCACCCUGAGUGUUCCAAAAUCUUAGUUUCUUUGGUGUUCCCCUAGAUGGAGGCUAGGGUCUCUCUCCUUUCAGAUACUGGUGCUAAGACGAUGCUGACCAAAGAAUCGAUGGGACCUGCUCACCGUGAAGCUAGUUUCAGGAUGGCUGAGCUGAGGGUGGAGACAGAAGAAAAGAUGUGGAGGCUUCUGAAUUUGGGGAGGCAACACUGAUAUUCAGACUUCUGGUUUGGUAUGAUAAUAUAUUGCUUUUAAGAAAUUAAUACUCAUGGAAACAAGAAAAAUCAGUUGUCCAAAAAUUGAAAAAAAAAAAAAGAA